GUGUGUGCUGUCUGACUCUAGCUCUCGUAAGGAAAGGCACCUCCCAGAGUUGGGAGCCCUCUCUGACCAGUAAAGUUCCUCCUUUCACACUUCUCCUCCGCUCCCACUUCAGCCCCUCAGAGGAGCAGAACACGGCUCUCAGCCAGCCACCGUGGACGUCCGUAUUCCUGCUGGGAUGAUUUUUGGGAUGCUCGCUAUGUCGAGACAUUAGAAACCUGAUGGUCCAAUAUCAUCAAAACUGCUGAGGACCAAGGCACGAGGGGCGUUAUGGGUACCGAAGCACAGGACUCAGGUGUGUGACAGCCAGAGAGAAGCAGAAUGAAUCCUGUGACAAAGGAUAUGGAACUGCUGAGUAACAGCAUGGCCACUUACGCCCAUAUUAAAGACAACUUGGAGAGCUUCGCGCUGUACUUCAUGCUGGGCGUGUGCUUUGGGCUGCUGCUGGCUCUUACUCUCCUCAUCCUGAGCGCCACCUGCAGGCCACACCCUGCCACGGCGAUGCCCUCCUCUCCCGGCAGGAGGCAGCUCAAGCAGUCCAGCGUGGUAGACGAGAACGAGGCAGAGGACGAGAGCGCUGACCAGGCAGACGGCGAGGAGGCAGAGGUGCCGAAAGUUACCAUGGCGCCCAUGAGCGACCACAGCCCGUCAAACGGGACCAUCAGAAGCAUCAACGUCUUCACCUCUGCAGAGGAGCUAGAGAGAGCUCGGCGACUGGAGGAGAGGGAACGAAUUGUUAGGGAGAUCUGGAGAAAUGGACAACCAGAUAUUCUAGCCACAGGAACUGGCACACUUGGACGGGUACACUACCGCUAGAGGGACAUUACACUUAUUUAACAGUCCCCAAAGUUUCUUUGGUCAAGGACAGCUACAGAUGUAUAAAACUGAGUUUGAGAACCCAGAGUUCAAGUUACUGAAUAGCAAAAGAUGAUGAUCUUGGUCAAUGAAUUGUGCCCUUGUUAAGUGUUCAGUUUGAUGUCUUGUUUUACCCCAUGCACAUUUCCUUAAUCGUGGGAUCUGAGUAUUUGAUAUUUUUUUUAAAGAAAUAGUAGGUCCUGUAUAUUUUGUGUCUACAAAUAUAUAUUGUGUAAUGUUUAGAUCUUCUUUAACUAUUAAAAAAAAUUAAAUUAUUUGUGUAAAAUCA